UCUUCUUCUCCUUCCGUGUUUCCUCUAAACUCGACACUGUCUUAAAACAAUCAAACAACACCCGUUGUUGUUUUUGUUCGAAGGAACAACUGCUAUCAAUGGGGUUUUAAAGAAGAAAACAAACUUUUGUUUUUAAAUUAUUCAGUGAGGAAUCGGGAAGGAUAGAGGAGAGGGAGAGGAUGUCCUGUUUAUUGCCACAGUUCAAGUGCCAACCCGAAACUUUCUAUGUCAAUUUCAGGCCUCACCUCUCUCACCAUUUAAGACAUAAAGAACCUAUAUGUUUCCGACCGCAAUGUGUUUUAUCUACCACAUCACUAUCAACAUUGACAGCAACAACCGCAAUGCUUGACAUAGAGAAGCUAAGGUUGCCAAUUUUUGAAGCUCAUUCGAAUACAGUUGUUGCAGAUAGAGAACAGACAUAUAUAGAGGCAACUGGUCCACCCUCAGAGACAAUGAGCCCGGAAUUUUCAAGGAACUGCAAUUUGUCAUGCUUCGGAACAACUUUAGGAACCAAAAAUCUUCUUACAAGUGAUGAGGCUGUAAUUGCCGCCGCCGCCACCGAAGCCGUAGCUCUUGCACGAGCAGCUGUUAAGGUUUCUAAGGAUGUUGCCUUGAUGUUUAAGAACUACGGUUCUUCUAAGACAGAAAUUAAAUCCGUAACUGAUACUUCCAUAUCCAAGUGGGCCCCAUUUACUGAAGCCAAGAGGUCUAGAAUUAUUGGAGAUGGCCUUAAAGAUGUCCGUAAACUUGAAGAAGAUCAUUCAGAGCGAAAUUCCACAAAAGAAUCUGAUGAACUAGAACCAACAAAUGAAGAACUUGAACUUCUUGAGGAACAAUUAUCCAGAAAUGUAGCAGUCAGGUCAAAGCGCCAACCUGAAAGAAAAGCCAGAAGAACGAGAGCAGCAGAGAAGGCUGCUGCCAAUGUUGCUUCUGUAAAAUCCAGUUCCACCAAUAAAAAAGGGCAUGGUGCUUUGCGAGAUGUCUCUUCUGAUCCAUUGCGUAACUUGAGACGGACUAAUGGUACUUCCAGGCUUCUCACUGCUAAUGAAGAACUUGAAUUGUCGGAAGGAAUACAGGACCUAUUGAAACUGGAAAAACUCCAGGAGGACCUUGCAGAGCGAUCCGGAGGAUCGCCAACCUUUGCAGAGUGGGCGGCUGCUGCUGGAGUUGAUCAUAAGACCCUGAGGAGGCGCUUAAAUUCUGGCAUACUCUGCAAGGACAGAAUGAUUAAAAGCAACAUACGGCUUGUUAUGUCAAUUGCAAAAAAUUAUCAGGGAACGGGGAUGAAUUUCCAAGAUCUUGUUCAGGAAGGAUGCCGAGGCCUUAUAAGAGGCACUGAGAAGUUCGAUCCUUCUAGAGGUUUCAAGUUUUCAACUUAUGCUCACUGGUGGAUUAAGCAAGCUGUACGGAAGUUUCUCUCCGAACAGUCAAGGACAAUUCGCUUGCCGUUUCACAUGGUUGAGGCAACCUAUAGAGUGAAGGAAGCUAGAAAGCAGUUGUACAGCGAAAAUGGACGACAGCCUAACAAUAAAGAAGUUGCAGAGGCGGCUGGGCUCUCCAUGAAGAGGCUCACCACUGUUCUACUCACGCCGAAGGCUCCUCAAUCUCUUGAUCAGAAGAUCGGAAUCAACCAAAAUCUCAAACCUUCGGAAGUAACUGCGGAUCCUGAAGCAGAUACACCGGAAGAUAUCCUGAUCAAACAGUUGAUGAAGAAGGAUAUUGAGAAGGUGUUGGAAAGCUUGAGUCCAAGAGAGAGACAGGUGAUUAGAUGGAGGUUUGGAAUGGAAGAUGGAAGGAUGAAAACUUUGCAAGAAAUUGGCGAAUCGAUGGGAGUAAGCCGAGAAAGAAUCCGACAAAUCGAGUCAUAUGCCUUUCGGAAGCUGAAGAACAAAACAAGAACAGGACAUCUGCAGCAGUAUUUGAUUUCGUAUGGCUCAUAAGAUCCCAGGUAAGGAUUUAUGUCGUUCCGACUCGAUAUUUUUGUUGAAGCACAUGUAUCGGAUGCAUUUCCGAACAUAGUUACGUGGAUAUGAUCUUUUGAGAACCGUUUCAAUACAUGAAAAAGCU